AUGGCCCGCGAGAUCGCCGAAUCAGAUCGGCGAGGUUUAACUCCCUUGCGAACUUCACGGAACUCGGCCGUGAAGAUGGAGACCUCCCUCGACUCUGAAGAAGACAAAGAACGCUUGUCGCUGUCGCGUUGGUUCCGAGAGGUUGACAUCGCUAUCAACUCGAGACUUCUCGAAGCUCCUCAAGCAAAGGUUAACUUUUUCCUUUUUCUUCUUAGUGGUAAAGCCAAGGAGUGGGCUUUGGGUAAUCUCGUAGGGGACGAGUAUGCGUUUCCCACUCUAAAAACCACCCAGAGUGACCUUGACUUGCCUUCGAGCCGCCACAAGAAGAGAAGCUGGUGUGAUUGA